AUGCGCCGUUUGACGAAAGAAAUGACGAUUCAUAGUCCCCAGCCAGUGCGGCGACACCGCGACGGCGCGCCUGUGGCGAGACAGAGACUGAGAACUAUCGAUGGUAAUCGUGAUCUCGAUCCCACACGCGCGGUGACGACGUCUUCGAGCACGCUGGCGAACGCGAGCACGACGCCGUCGUGGGAAAGCGAGCUCGAAUCCGUCGACGCCGACGCCUUCGCGAGCGACACGUCGCGCGAAACUCGUUUCAUGGAUGCGGGCACCCGCGCGCGCUCGUCCUCGGAUGACGAUGAAGGUUACGGCGCUCAUACCGCGACCGCCCGCGAAGUGCGACGUUUGGAGAGCAAGUGUGCGCGAUUGGAAGCGACGGUUUCGACGCUGCGCGACGCGCUCGAGGCGAGGUCGCGCUCAGAAGAAAAGCGACACAUGACGUCCACAUCGGGAGACAACGUGGUGCACGACGCGCUCGUGAGUGAGAUAGUGGCGCUUCGUCAACGCGUGACGAGGGCGAACGUUGAACGCGAGCGAUUGAUAGAAAUGAGCAACGAUUUACGCGCGGCGCUGAAGCGGAACACGACGACUACGACUGUCGGUCCGUCUUCGUCACCGAUUCACGCCAAGUCUCCGACGAAGACCACCAGCGCGAUCCCGCUCGUCGAGGCGACGCCGGCGGUGCGACCGAUCGAUUCGCGUGUGAAAAUGCUUUCGUCGUCUUCGAGUGAACGCGAGACGCAGAGUCAGAAGGUGAAGCUGAAGAGAGCGAUUCGACGAGCCAAGGAGCUGCGCAGCGCGGCUCCAGGACUCGUCGUUCGCAACUGGAAUCGCACGUAG